UAUGUCCACCAAUAAUAACAACGAAACUCCACUUAUGGACAUCGACCCUCUUCCACUCGAUAAAGGAAAGGGCAAAAAAGUUUUACAAAGUGAAACAACUAUAGUUGUUACUGUAGAACAAAGUGAAAUGAACAUCGACAACGCCAACGAUGCCUCUGAAAAUUUUUGA